AUGGCGGCAAUCGCCGCCCAGGUGUUGAAGGUCUCCGGUCCACAAGGCCACGCCAAGGCCGACGUGCUGGCUGGGAAGAUGAGGACCCUCUUCGCCGGGGAGAAAGAAGUGCGCAUCGCGCGACCGGCAAAGAGGGUCGAACUUCGGGUCUCCUCCGUGUGGGGUGGGCCACCGUUCGUGUGGAGGCCCUCGCGGGGUGCCCGCUGCAAUGUUAGGUGCAUGCAGCGGGGCCACGUGAGGGCAACGUCUACUUCGGUGGUAGACCGCAGCGGAUUCUGUUACUGCUGCGGUCGGGAUGGCCACAAGGGCGACGGAAUGCGGCGGACAGGUUAA